UGUUUUCAAACCCAGGCAGAGUCAGGCUCACACCAACGAAGAUGGCGGCGGUGGGGUCCGCCAAAUCCACUGGACUGGGACAGAGAGGCAAAAGCAGGCCAGGCGCUCACACCGCUCCGCUGUCUCUGGAGGAGGCCCGGUGUCCGGUGUGCUCGGAGAUACUCCUGGAGCCGGUGACGAUGCCCUGCGGACACUCGGUGUGCCUGCACUGCUUCCAGCGGACGGUGAAGCUGAUCAGCCUGUGCUGUCCGCUGUGCCGGCUGCGGGUGUCCAGCUGGGCCCGCACACAGUCCCGGGAGAAGAGCCUGGUCAACGCCGAGCUGUGGGAGCUGGUCCGCCUCAGUCACCCGGAGAGAUGCAAGCGGAGGAUGGAGCAGAGGGACGGGGAGAUCGCGGACGGGGAAAUUUUUCGUGCGCCUGUGCCAAUUCAUAAGCCUGGAGAAAUGCGUCAAGACUACGAGAAACAAAAGAUGAAGAGUGGAUGCAGUGAAGAAACUGAAGAGAGAAAGAAAAAAAUCCAUAGAAAAGAAGACUGUGGGAUGCUCAAACAUUGUCAAUAUCCUUUCUGUGGAGUGUCAGACUCUGAGAAUGAAGAGCCAGUGGGAAAGAGGACCAGACACGUUUCAGCAUUUGUACGAAAAACAAGAUGCUCCCCUGCUUUCAAUAGAGGUUGUCUUCAUAGCAGUGCCGUUCAGAGGAGCAGGAGCUGUACGGAUUCUGAGGAUGGCAGAGGAAAAAGCAGAGUUCACACACAUCAUGCUGUUCCUGACAAGGCAAGCAUCACUCAUAGUUACAACGCUGGAAUCCUUCUCUCCUCGGAGAACAGUCUGUCUUUUUCAGCCCCGGUGCUGAGCCUAGAUAAGAGACACCACUGGCGGGGCAUCCACACCUCUUCCGUUUCUGCUGUGCUACAAACGAAACCAGAGAGGUCCAUUAGCCCCGAGAGCAACGAUAGCAUAUCGGAAGAACUCAACCAUUUCAAGCCUAUCGUCUGCUCGCCAUGCACGCCACCCAAAAGGUUGCCCGACGGGCGACUUUUGGAGCCUACGAUCGUGAAGUCGACCCCUAGGAACUUGACACGCACUCUGCAGAAGUCCACAAGCUACGAGGCCAGCCCCACCAUCUUGCAGAAGUGGAAGCAGAUUGAAGUUGAUCGCCAGAGCAUCAAAGUGACCUCCAAAGGUACAGUCACAAGUCCGAUCGCAGAGGAUCCCAGCCAUAAACUGAGUCCCGUAGAAGAACGGGACAGCCGACUCUGCAGCUGUGCUGUAGCCACGGACGGCUUGAAGGAUCAUCAGUGCAUUUGUGAGUCAAGUGCCAAAGGGUCUAAGGAUCAUAAACUUGUAGUCUGCAAUAAACGGCGGCUUAUAUUUGAUCAGUGUAAGAAAGAGGAAGAUACACAGCCAGUUAGCGCUCAUGUCAGGUCGACAACUCAAACUAUUGCAGAUACUUCAUCCCCAAAAAGGCGUAGCAGAUGUGAAGCACGCUGUGAACCCACAGAAACGUGUGCACCGAUGUUAGAUAAACACGCUGGACAUUGUAAUCAGGGAACUGUAGACCCUGAGAACUUUAUAAACGAGCCUAGCACCAGGAGCUGUGUACUUAACAGACCUACCUCAAGAAGGGGUAAAAAGAGAAGCCACAAAACCAAACACUUGGAGGAGAAACUCCAGGCAAAAAUAUCUCGGACCAAUAGCCGCAAUGCCUGCAACAGGCUUGAUGAUCCUAUUGUCCGGCGAAUGAAUCAGGAAAAGGUGGACCGAGAACUGGCACUGAAGCUACAGAGACAGUUUGACAGAGAAUGCCAAAAAGUGGACAGGCUCAAAACAAGUCGUAACAAAUACGAACUCAGGUCCUGGGCUACGAAAGAUGGGAUGGUAGGACACAAUACACGCAGAUCAGGAAGAAUCUCCAAAAGAAAUGAGCACUUGAACUAUAGUUGUUAAAGGGACUUGCGGUUAUAGUAGAGUUUUAUCGUAGUGAUUCAUAGCAGUCGCAAACGUUUUCUUUGCUUAGGCACUAUAGAGGCUUUCUAACAUCUGGAUGAGUAUUGCAAGAUAUUAAGGUAUUUACUUUUUCGACUUGCCGUUUAACAGAUGUGUUUCAUCCAAAGUGUUUCAUCCGAGUCCAAGUAGAGGAACCUGGGGUUAAGUGCCUUUGCUCAAGGGCAAUGGUCGCAGGACAGGAUUGGGCUCUCGGCAACUUUCCCAUUCAUGGGGAUUCAAAGCUGCAGUGUUUUGUUUCCGGCUUUGUUACUGUUUAACUGGCUUCUACUACUCGAAAAGAGGAAACUAGGUGUAUGUUGUUUGGGGGACGGAAAAU